UCCCUGGAAGGCAUGUGUGGCACUGAGCAUGCCCAGUUGGGGGAAGAUGGGCAGCGGCCGCCGCGGUGCACUUCAACUACCUCAUCUCAGUCUGAGCCUUCAGAGCAGCUUAGGCACCAAGGCAAGAUCCUAGCAUCCGAAGACCCCAAAAAGAAGAGAGCUCAGAAGCCCUCUCAUAUGAGAAGGAACAUACGAAAGCUACUCCGAGAGGAUCAGUUGGAGCCCGUUACCAAAGCAGCACAGCAGGAGGAGUUGGAAAGAAGAAAGCGUCUGGAGCAGCAGAGGAAAGAGUAUGCAGCCCCCAUUCCUACUGUCCCUUUGGAGUUCCUGCCUGAGGAAAUUGUUUUACGAGCAAGUGACGGCCCCCAACUCCCUCCUCGGGUCUUGACUCAGGAAGUCAUUUGUUUGGACAGUAGCAGUGGCAGUGAAGAUGAAAACAGCAGUCGCGAUGAGGUGAUUGAACUGAGUUCUGGAGAGGAGGAUGCUCUGCACAUUGUGGACAGCAGUGAGUCUGUCAGCGAGGAGGAUGAGGAAGAGGAGAAGGGUGGCACCCAUGUUAAUGAUGCCUUAAACCAGCAUGAUGCUCUUGGGCGGGUCCUUGUCAACCUGAAUCACCCUCCAGAGGAGGAGAAUGUCUUCCUGGCCCCACAGUUGGCACGGGCUGUGAAACCUCAUCAGAUUGGUGGGAUCCGGUUCCUCUAUGAUAACCUAGUAGAGUCUUUAGAAAGGUUUAAGACCAGUAGUGGCUUUGGUUGUAUACUGGCCCAUAGCAUGGGCCUGGGGAAAACUCUGCAAGUGAUCUCCUUCAUCGAUGUCCUCUUCCGCCACACGCCAGCCAAAACAGUCCUUGCCAUUGUGCCGGUUAAUACUCUCCAGAAUUGGCUGGCAGAGUUCAACAUGUGGCUCCCGGCUCCUGAAGCCCUCCCAGCUGACAGCAAGCCAGAAGAAGUCCAGCCGCGGUUCUUCAAAGUUCAUAUCUUGAAUGAUGAGCACAAGACGGUGGCGUCUCGUGCUAAAGUGACGGCUGACUGGGUGUCAGAGGGUGGAGUGCUGCUGAUGGGCUAUGAAAUGUACAGACUGCUCACUCUGAAGAAGUCCUUUGCCACAGGUAGACCGAAGAAAUCCAAGAAACGCUCUCACCCAGUCAUCAUCGAUCUGGACGAAGAAGAUCGACAGCAGGAGUUCCGGAGAGAGUUUGAGAAGGCCUUAUGCCGCCCGGGUCCUGAUGUGGUGAUUUGUGACGAGGGACACCGCAUCAAAAAUUGCCAAGCCAGCACCUCACAGGCUCUGAAGAACAUCCGUUCUCGUCGGCGGGUAGUGCUGACUGGGUACCCUCUACAGAACAACCUCAUUGAGUACUGGUGCAUGGUGGACUUUGUGCGCCCAGAUUUCCUUGGUACUCGUCAGGAGUUCAGCAACAUGUUUGAACGCCCUAUCCUGAACGGGCAGUGUAUUGACAGCACACCUCAGGAUGUCCGCCUCAUGCGCUACCGGAGCCAUGUUUUGCACAGCCUCCUGGAGGGCUUUGUGCAGAGGAGAGGCCAUACUGUGUUGAAGAUUCACCUCCCUGCCAAAGAAGAGAAUGUGAUCCUGGUGCGGCUUUCUCAGAUCCAGCGAGAUUUGUACACACAAUUCAUGGACCGUUUCCGGGACUGUGGUAGCAGUGGCUGGUUGGGGCUGAAUCCUCUGAAGGCUUUCUGUGUAUGCUGCAAGAUCUGGAACCAUCCUGAUGUUCUGUAUGAAGCCCUUCAGAAGGAAAACCUAGCCAAUGAGCAGGACCUAGAUGUGGAAGAGCUUGGCUCAGCAGGAACCAGUGCCCGUUGCCCAUCACAGGGCACAAAAGUCAAGGGAGAAGAUAACACCUUGGCUUCUUCAAUGGGAGAAGCAACCAAUAGCAAGUUCCUCCAGGGAGUUGGCUUUAACCCUUUCCAGGAGCGAGGCAAUAACAUAGUUACGUAUGAAUGGGCCAAGGAUCUCCUGACUAAUUACCAGACUGGAGUCUUGGAAAAUUCUCCCAAGAUGGUACUUCUUUUCCACCUGAUUGAAGAAAGUGUGAAGCUUGGGGACAAGAUCCUUGUGUUUAGCCAGAGUCUGUCUACCUUGGCUCUCAUCGAGGAGUUCCUAGGGAAACGAGAUGUGCCCUGUCUGCCUGGGGCCGAGGGGCAGGGAACCCAGAAGUGGGUUCGAAAUGUCAGCUACUUCCGGCUAGAUGGUAGCACCCCUGCCUUUGAGAGAGAGCGGCUCAUUAAUCAGUUCAAUGAUCCCAGCAACCUCACCACCUGGUUGUUCCUUCUUUCCACAAGGGCCGGAUGCUUGGGUGUGAAUCUGAUUGGUGCCAACCGAGUGGUGGUAUUUGAUGCUUCCUGGAACCCUUGCCAUGAUGCCCAGGCAGUAUGUCGGGUAUACCGUUAUGGCCAGAAAAAGCCCUGUCACAUCUAUCGCCUUGUGGCUGAUUAUACUCUUGAAAAGAAGAUCUAUGACCGGCAGAUUUCCAAGCAGGGCAUGUCAGACCGGGUAGUGGAUGAUCUCAACCCAAUGCUGAACUUUACCCGGAAGGAAGUGGAAAACCUGCUGCACUUUGUUGAGAAGGAGCCAGCUCCCCAAACAUCUUUGGAUAUAAAGGGGAUCAAAGAGUCAGUCUUGCAGCUUGCCUGUCUGAAGUACCCUCACCUUAUCACCAAGGAGCCUUUUGAGCAUGAGUCAUUGCUCCUCAACCGGAAGGAUCACAAGCUGACCAAAGCUGAAAAGAAAGCAGCAAAGAAAAGCUAUGAGGAGGACAAGCGCACGUCAGUCCCCUACACCCGCCCAUCAUAUGCGCAGUAUUACCCUGCCAGUGACCAGAGCCUGACCAGCAUCCCCGCCUUCAGUCAGAGGAACUGGCAGCCAACACUGAAGGGUGAUGAGAAGCCUGUGGCCAGUGUUCGUCCUGUACAGUCCACCCCCAUCCCCAUGAUGCCCCGGCACGUCCCACUCAGUGGCAGUGUGAGCGCUGCCUCCGGCACAGAUCCAUCCAUGACCUUCCCCAUCAACUACUUGCAGCGGGCAGGAGUCCUUGUGCAGAAAGUGGUCACCACAACAGAUAUUGUUAUUCCUGGACUCAACAGCUCCACAGAUGUUCAGGCAAGAAUCAAUGCUGGUGAGAGCAUCCAUAUCAUCCGGGGGACGAAAGGGACAUACAUCCGCACCAGUGAUGGACGGAUCUUUGCUGUCCGGGCUACUGGCAAACCAAAGGCCCCUGAAGAUGGUCUGAUGGCUGCCUCAGGUUCCCAGGGGCCUUCUCUUGCAUCCACAAGCAAUGGCAGACACAGUGCCUCAUCACCCAAAGCCCCCGACCCUGAGGGGCUGGCCAGGCCCGUCUCUCCUGACAGCCCAGAAAUCAUCAGUGAGCUCCAGCAGUAUGCAGAUGUGGCCGCUGCUCGGGAAUCCCGCCAGAGCUCCCCAAGCAUCAGUACCGCCCUGCCUGGCCCCCCGGCCCAGCUUAUGGACAGUAGCACCAUUCCUGGGACAGCUCUCGGAACUGAGCCAUACCUUGGGGGUCAUUGCCUCAAUAGUUCCCUCUUGGUGACUGGCCAGCCCAGUGGUGGCAGGCACCCAGUGCUGGACUUAAGGGGCCACAAGCGAAAGUUGGCCACUGCAUCUGCCACCCAGGAGUCAGUCCGUCGGCGGUCCAGGAAGGGCCAUUUGCCAGCCCCCGUGCAGCCCUAUGAACACGGGUAUCCAGUCUCUGGCGGGUUUGCCAUGCCACCCGUCUCCUUAAAUCAUAACCUCACCCCCCCCUUCACCUCCCAGGCUGGGGAGAAUUCCCUGUUUAUGGGCAAUACCCCCUCCUACUACCAGCUGUCCAAUUUGCUGGCAGAUGCCCGCCUGGUGUUUCCAGUGACUACUGACCCUCUGGUACCAACAGGCCCUGUCAGUUCCUCUUCCACGGCUACCUCAGUCACUGCCAGCAACCCCUCCUUCAUGCUCAACCCCUCUGUGCCAGGGAUACUACCCAGCUACUCACUCCCAUUCUCACAGCCACUCCUGUCCGAGCCGAGGAUGUUUGCGCCUUUUCCUUCCCCUGUCUUGCCCAGCAACCUUUCUCGGGGCAUGUCUGUCUACCCAGGCUAUAUGUCCCCACAUGCAGGCUACCCAGCUGGUGGCCUCCUCCGGUCCCAGGUGCCUCCAUUUGACUCCCAUGAGGUUGCCGAGGUGGGGUUCAGCUCCAAUGAUGAUGAGGACAAAGAUGAUGAUGUGAUAGAGGUCACUGGGAAAUAGCUAGGGUGCUCCUUCCCACCUCACUUGGGGCCCCAGCAGGCUCCCACCCAACUGGAAGGCAGUGAGCCUGGUCUUUCUGAAAAUAGGGUACUUGGCAGGAGGGAAAUAAGACAAAGAAGAGUGGUUGGCCAUAAUGGCAGGGUUUGAUUGCUGUUUAUUAGAAAAAGAAAAACAAACCAACAAAAAACCCAGAAACCCAAACAGAGCCGCAACAGUGGGAAAUCAGGGACCGAAAACAGGGAUGGUGGGGUAGUGCAGCCUGCCUCUUCCUUCCUGCCUUGCUUAUGCUGUCUGCUUAUUUGCCCAUCUGAGUGUAGAAGAGCUCAUGUCCUGUUCUGCCUUUGGGAACAUCUCACCCAAGAGCUGCCUUACUGAUGAUCUAGUUUGGCCUGGGGAUGGGAGAAGAGGGAGGGAGAUGAGGGCGGGCAUGGGGAGCAGACUAAGAUUGCAUAUCACGUGGUAUCUUUUUAGGAGGUUGGAAGGCUGCAGACCAGGGGUGUGUGUGUGUGUGUGUGUGUGUGUGUGUGUGUGUGU